CUAACUUCGCAUAACAGGAAAGUGGGUUUUAAUCGGAUUAAAUUUUAUAUUCUCUGGAAAUUAUAUGACACACAGCCUUUGUUAGUUUUUUACUGAGUACUGGUCAAGGAUGAUGUUGCCAGGCCGGAUUAUUCGUGCUGUAACGUUUAUUGUAUUUGGAGUGAUACUAGAGAGGGCAGUAGUUCAGGGGGAUCUGCUGCAGAUGUGUGGCCAGAUUCAGCUGUACACGGGCAGGAGCUGCAUGAAUUACGUUAACUAUGGCUGCUACUGUGGGUGGGGCAGCAGGGGAAGCGUUGUUGAGGAUCACAUAGAUUUUUGCUGCAAAACUCAUGAUGACUGCUACGAGGACAUCCAAAAAAAUCCAAGAUGUCCUGCAUUUAGCACAUAUAGUCAUGAAUACGACAUAGAAUGUGAUAUGGACAAUAAAAAUUGCACCUGUGGGAUUGGUACAACAUGCUCUAAGAAGCUCUGCAAAUGCGACAAUGAGCUAGCUAAUUGUUUAAAGAAUCAACAGUACAGGAGAAAAUACAGUGGUAUGUGUUCCGACCCUAAGUCACCAAUAGGCUGGAAGAAAGAAAAGUAUCUAGGAGACGAUAUUACAGACGCUUGAGAUUUACUCAGCAGCUGAAGUUAGGAAUAAUUCAAAAUGUCAUUAUUCACUGAAGAAAAUAGUUGAUUUUAUUUGAGGGAUGGGUUAAAAAACGUUUCAUUUUGGUGAAAAUACAUGGACUGUAAAACAUGUUUUUGUUUAUGUGCCUAUUAGGCUACAGCCAAAAUUUAGAAAAUGCAUUUACUUUUAAAAAACACCAUGAAUGAAGAAAUCGUUAAAAGGGUUACAGAAUGCUUGAUAACAUAUUGGAAA